CUGUUUCAUCAGCCAAUCAGACUCAUCGCUGUACAAGAGCCCACCUGUCAGAGAAAAUACCUGUACACAAAUCCUCCAGCACAUAUCCAACACUUCAUUCUACAGGGAAUGUCUCAGCUCAACCACAAUUAGACAAGAAAGAAGAAGUCACAAGAACUUGUAUCACAGUUACUGCUGAGCCUUGGAAGACAAUGUCUAAUGAACUUGACUACCGGCCAGUCAUGCUUCUACAGAAUGACAGCAUAAACCUUCAGAAGUAUCCCUACUCCAGUGAAGAUGAAGCUUGGUCUAAGUAUUUGGACAAUCCUAUGACAGCAGCAACCAAAGCAAUGAUGAGAGCAAAUGGGGAUGAUGACGGAGUUGCUGCACUGAGUCUCCUCUAUGAUUACUACAGGGUACCAAGAGAAAAAAGAUUAAUUUCACCCAGUUCAACAGAACGCUGCGAACAAGUAAAAAGGAGCUGCAUUGAAUAUGAUUCAGACAUUUCAUCCUUUGAAAAUCCUACCCAGCUUCUGAAAUUUGUUACUGAUAGUUCAUCCUCUGCUCAAGAAUAUACAGAAACACACAAAAAAAACAACUAUCUAACAUUGGACUGCCUCAUUAAUCCUUCAAAACUGACUUUACCAGCAAAUAGCAGCAAGCUAACCAAUGACACACAUGACGACUUCAUGACUAGAUCAUGCGAUGUGUAUGAAAAGAAUCCACUCAACACUCUCUUCGAACCGCUACAUGUACCACAACCACAACAGAGAUGGCAGCCGGACAGCACCUUCAAAGAAGACUCACCAGAGCCUCUGAUAUUCAGUGACAUACUUAGGACUCAAGCAGAGUCCACUUGUUCUGAAGACUACCUAUCUGGAGAAACAAAUCAUGACUUUGAGUACACACUGGAAUCCCCCAAAGCUAUUCAUGUAAAGUCUGGAGAUUCUCCAAUGGCAUAUCUCAACAAAGGACAAUUUUACCCUGUCAACCUGAGGAUGACAAACACCAGAAAAUGUAUGCAGUUGUCUUCUAAUAAAGUCAAGAGUGUUGUAAUGGUAGUCUUUGACAAUGAGAAGAACCCAGAAGAACAGCUAAAACGUUGGAAGCAUUGGCAUUCCAGGCAGCCAACAGCUAAGCAGAGGGUCAUCGAUGUUGCUGACUACAAAGACAACUGCAACACAGUAGAGAGCAUUGAAGAAGUAGCAUACAAUGCUUUGUCCUUUAUGUGGAACAUCAAUGAAGAAGCUAAGAUAUUUGUUGGCAUCAAUUGUCUGAGUACAGAUUUCUCAUCUCAGAAGGGAGUCAAGGGUGUGCCUUUAAACCUCCAGAUUGACACUUAUGACUACGACACUGGAGUGAAGAGACUCAUUCACCGGGCCGUCUGCCAGAUCAAAAUAUUCUGUGAUAAGGGUGCGGAACGUAAGAUGCGGGAUGAGGAACGGAAGCAGUUUAGAAGGAAAGGAAAGGGUGCAGAUGCAAGCAAAGAUAUAAAGACAAAUGUGCUCCCAGGAUACAGAGGAACAGAUAUCACAUACUUCAGACCAGUGACGGAUAUGGAAAGCCAACCAGUCUUAUUCAUCCCAAAUGUUCAUUAUUCCAAUCUUCAAAGAUGUGGCAUUGUACUUCCUGCUGUUACAGAUAAUAAUGACAGGUUAGCACUAAAGAGAAGCUGUCCGUCAUUUACAGAUGCCUUUGAUGUACCACCUUCCAAGCAACAGGCAACAGAAGACUCUCAAAGAGUGCUAUUAUAUGUACGAAGGGAAACAGAAGAAGUUUUUGAUGCCCUUAUGUUGAAAACACCAGACCUCCUGGGUUUACGGAAAGCAAUCUCAGAAAAGUAUGGUGUCCCAGAAGAAAGGAUCUGCAGAGUCUACAAGAAAUGUAAAAGAGGGAUCCUGGUGAACAUGGACAAUAACAUCAUCCAGCAUUACAGCAACCAUAUGGCUUUCCUUUUUGACUUGACGGAUGUAGAUGGAAAGAUUCAAGUUACACUUAAAGAAUUAUAACAUUCCUUUUGGACACGCCUAAAAGACUCAUGAGCCAAGGGAUGAGACCCCAGCAAAACCGACCUCAAAACAUUGCUCAAUGCUUGCACUUGACCCAAGUGAGCAGAGCAUCAUGCCACCUAGUAUUGUGAAGCCAUUGCUUCUUGGGAAAACUGACAUGGGACUUCUGUGUCACAAAAGACUGUCGUAUGAAACACAGUUUGUAAAAUAUGGAAUGAUUAUUUUAUGGUAUCCAUAACACAGGAGGAUUCAAGGCUUGAGAAGACAAUGGAAUGGAUAUUAGCUGCACGUACAUCCACCUUAACCUCAAAGAUGGAUGCAUAUUAACAUUUAGUUGAUGCACCAAGAAAAGAGAGUUUAAGUAAUCUACUAUACGACUGUGGUGUGGUUGUUACUCUCCCUAAAGCAUUUUCCUGCUUUAGGUAUCAAUGAUUCCAAUGUCAUUUGCAUCUAUGUGUUACUCUCAUCAGAGCUAGCAAUUCAAAUAAGAGGGUUUACCAGCAAUACUCCAAUAUCUGUGCAUAUUCAAUACUGUUCAAUCAGCAGAUAUCCUGUGGGGUGGGGAGGGGGUCACAUACUAAUAUAAUGUACCACACAAACACUGCUGCUUAUUGUAUAUCAAUAGACAAGUCUGGAAGCUCGUCACAGUAUAUUACAUUAGUAUACAUAUUGCCUUGCUGCUGAUAGUAAUAUUAUUACAUUUUAACACUUUUAUAUGCUAAACAGCUGCCAGUUUUGCCUUGAAUGUCCUUCUGUUAAAAAAAAAAAAAUGAAAAAGGGAAAUACUGUGUUAUACAUUUCUGGUUUAUAUGGUUUUUACAAGAAUAUAUAUGUAUAUAUUUGCUGUUUUAUGUUAUUUGUAUUUUAAUGUGCAGAAAUGCAUUUUUGCCAUUUCAACAACGUCUUAUCACA